AUGGGACUUUGCUGUUCAAAUCAAAGAACUCAUACACCUGAAUUUUCACUUAAGCGGAAAACUUGUGUUAACAAAACCUAUAUCGAGAUCGUCCAAGGCGAUAUCGCUUAUGACAGCGUAGAUAUAAUUGUAAAUUCCACCAAUUGUUGGCUCACCAUGUGUGGCUCCGCUAGCAUUUUGCGACAUGGCGGAAUUAGCAUUCAGAGGGAGUGCAAUGAUCACCUCCACAAGAAGCUUUUAAAGGAGCGAAAAAGAACUGAUAUUCUGAGAAGAAAGAACUCUUCAAUCAGCUCUUUGAAAAGCCAUUCUAAUGACGUUUCACACAAAGGUCUGAAAAUAGGGGAUGUUAUCAGGACAAAUCCAGGACAUUUGUCAUGCCAACAUCUUUUUCAUGCUGUCGGGCCUAUUUAUGCUGAUGGCAAACAAGGGGAAACUGAUCUAUUACUGAAGACUAUUCACAAUAUCCUUACUAAAGCAGUAAAAAUGAACUCAAGGUCGAUUUCCUUGCCAGCCAUUUCCUGUGGGAUUUUUAAUUUUCCAAGAGAACAAUGUGCGGAAAUAAUGUUAAAAGCAAUUAUUGAACAUCUUGAAGAAACGACGUCGACUUUGCAGGUGAUCAGAGUAAUAAGCCAAGACACACCAACGGUAAAAAAUAUAUAGAUUUUAUAUUUUGAGAAAGAAUUUGACAAAAUCUUUAUGACUAAAGUAUAA